GUUCACAUUCAUUCACCUUUGAUUUAUCUCUAUUUGAAAUGGCACACGCUUCGAAGCAGACAAAUAGGCAAUGGCUCUAUUCCAACGUCUAUUUGGAUGACGCCGAACGCAACACGAACAAUUUCUGGGCAUCCGAGUUCCGGAAAAUGUUUCCAGAAGCUAACGACGAAUUCAUAAACACCCAGGAAGAAUCUCCAGAUGGUGGAAGGCUGAAAUUUGACAGGGUUGUUUGGGAAAACUCAUCUUCCGGCCUGGUGAGAAAAGUGGUGGCGGGGGAGGACAAGAAGAUAGGAGUCAGCAAGGGAGACAUCGUUACAGCGGAAAACGACGUCGAGAAGAAAGCAUUGCUUGCUAUGGACAAGGAUGGACUCGACGCUUUGUACUGCCACACAACUAGAGGAACGAUGUUCCGAACCUGGAUUAUCCGGAAUCCGACACGUCAACUCGAACCGCUUUUCGGCACCGACACACGAGGAGACAUGGACCAGUACGUUGAAUAUCGGACUGUACCCGGACAAUACCAUUUGCAUAGACUUGGAAGUCUGGUCAAAAACGAGCCAGAGCCUAUACUAGACGAUUUCAAAUUCCUUUACGAUUUGGGUGCGGGUAUCGUGUGGGACCACAGGCAUAUGCAGAUGCAACUUGAUUUCGAGCACAGGCACUCGGACGCCAUGGCAGCUCUACUUCCCCAACAAGAGGGAUUUAAUGCGGCAUCCAUCCCACAAGCUGCAGAGGGUCUCGAGCUGCCAUCGGCGAUGCAGGCUGAUAACGAAGGUUUCGAGGAGGAAACCAGCGAAAUGUCCGAAACGCCAACUUUUGGACAAGAACAAACCGAUGACAGCUAUCGUGGUCAAAGCUCCCAGACUCAGGAACAGACUCAAGUUCAAGCCUCAAGCAGUCUCGCGGUUUACCACGAGGUCCGACUUUCCGUCGAAAGGAAAAAGAAAGGGACUUACAUCGUCUUCAAUCACGGAGGAAGGUCAUUCAGAACGACGGGGGAUCAGUGGAUGAGUGCUCGCGACGAGAACAACCGACAGUGUUACCAAUGGUACAGCAACAGUGCCAAGCUAUUCUUCAGAGCUUAUCAGUGGCCUUGACCUUGAUAGUUACUUCUAGGGGGGUAUGUCUCAGUCGCAUUUCUGUCUUUUCCUUCCAUUUUCUGAGUUUCGAUGGGGCUUGGGCGAGGCAAAGAGGCCGAGAUUCAACACUCGGGUCUCCAUGGUUACAUGUGUCAGACCGCCCCAGCACAUUCGCUACGGUAAUUGUUUCACCUCGAGCGACCUGACUUAUGCUUAGCCAGAGGUAUGAGUAAGGCCAGCAAGGGUAUCCUUAUACAAGGGGGUCGUACACUCAUUAUAUAGAUAUGGGGUUUUCUUUCCAUAGCCAUUCAUUCGUCAUACUCAUGAAUACACACACA